AUGUGCAGAGACAGCACAGAUUCAUCAUCUGUGCUUGGAACACCAGUUACUAGUCUGCCUUUGUCAUCUUGGAAUUAUAAUGCUAAACCACCAGCCAGUGUGCCACAACUGACUACAGAUCACACGGGAUGGACUGGAUCUGGACAAGCUGCUCCUCUUAAUUGUUGCAAUAGCAGCAGUAAUGACAGCACUCACCUUGCUUUGCCAAGUAGUAAAGGGAUUAAUCAAGGCAAUGUGGGCAAGCCAGUUCAUGUCAUGCCAGAUUUUGCACAAGUUGGUGUUCCGAGUGUGGUUGUGUUUUUGAACAAGCAGGACCAAGUGGACGAUGAGGAGCUUCUUGAACUAGUGGAGCUUGAAGUUCGGGAGCUUCUCACAUCUUAUGAGUUUCCUGGAGAUGACAUUCUGAUUAUCUCUGGUUCAGCGCUAUUGGCAUUGGAAGCGUUAAUGGCAAACCCUGCCCUGAAACGUGGGGAUAACCAGUGGGUGGAUAAGAUUUACCAGCUUAUGGAUGAAGUUGAUAAGUAUAUUCCGAUUCCUCAACGUCAGGUGGAACUCCCCUUUUUGCUUGCCAUUGAGGAUGUGUUUUCAAUCACCGGUCGUGGAACAGUUGCCACUGGGAGAAUUGAAAGAGGGACUGUUAAAGUUGGGGAUGUUGUUGACCUUGUUGGUUUGAGGGAAACAAGGAACACUACAGUGACUGGUGUAGAAAUGUUCCAGAAGAUUUUGGAUGAUGCUAUGGCUGGUGACAAUGUGGGGUUGUUGUUGAGAGGAAUUCAAAAGAUCGAUAUUCAAAGAGGGAUGGUUUUGGCUAAGCCGGGAACUAUUACUCCUCACUCUAAGUUUAGUGCUAUUGUGUAUGUUUUAAAGAAGGAAGAAGGUGGAAGACACUCGCCGUUCUUUGCCGGUUAUAGGCCUCAAUUUUACAUGAGGACUACAGAUGUUAUUGGAAAAGUUACAUCUAUUAUGAAUGACAAGGAUGAGGAGUCGAAGAUGGUGAUGCCCGGUGAUCGUGUGAAGAUUGUGGUGGAACUCAUUGUUGCCGUGGCUAUUGAACAAGGAAUGAGGUUUGCUAUUAGAGAAGGAGGGAAGACUGUUGGAGCUGGUGUUAUCGGAGCUAUCAUUGAGUAA